AUAAAUAUUGACAAAAAAAAAAAAAAGACACAAGAAAUGAGUAAAAUUCAUCUUAUUUAAUAGAUCCCACUGGUAUAAUAAAUCAUCACUUAUGUGUAUUGUCUCAUAAAGAGAUAAAUUGUGCAAAGUGAUUGGAAAUGAGCUCACCUUGAAACAAAUCAUUUAGGAGAAUCGGGUUUGAUUUUUAGUAGGAACAAUUUUUUGCUUAUGUCUGACACUCUCACUCUUCUUCUUUUUUCUUCCACCCAUCCAUCGUCUCCAACUGCCAUGCUAGCAAAGUGGUGGCCAUGGAUGUUAUUAUUUCAGUUGCUGCUAAGAUUUCUGAGUAUACGGUUGUACCUAUUGGUUGUCAAUUUGGUUACAUACUAUACUACAAAGGAAACCUUCAAAGGAUGAAAAUUGAGGUCCAAAAGCUCGAAGGAUCAAAAGAUCAUGUGCAGCACAGUGUUGAUGAGGCUAGAAGGAACGGAGAAGAGAUUGAAAAUAUUGUCCUGAAGUGGCUGAAUGGUGUGGACAACACUGUUGCUGAGGCAAAGAAACUUAUUGACACUCAGGGCCAUGAAAAAUCUCAAUGUUCUAUGAGAUAUUUUCCCAAUCUGUGCACAAGGCAUCAACUGAGUAGGAAAAGCAAAAAGAUGAUACAUGAGAUUUCUGAAGUUCUCGCAGAAGGAAAAUUUGACAGAAUUUCUUACCGUGCUUCUUCUCAAUUGACAGUCACGCCAUUUGGUCGAGGUUAUGAGGCCCUGGACUCCAGAACAUCAAUGUUGAAUGAGAUUAUGCUGGCAUUGAAGAAUCCUAACAUCUUCAUGAUUGCGGUGUAUGGGAUGGGUGGAGUGGGCAAGACAACACUGGUGAAAGAGUUAGCUUGGCAAGCUGAGAAUGAUGGAUCAUUUAGUUCUGUAGUUAUAGCUACUAUCACUGAAUCUCCAGAUGUGGAAAAAAUUCAAGGCCAAAUUGUUGAUGCCUUGGAUAUGAAAUUUAACAAGGAAAGCAUAGAAGGAAGAGCAACACAGUUACGGAAUAGGAUAAUCAUGGAGAAGAGUAUUCUUGUUAUUCUUGAUGAUAUCUGGGGUAGACUUGAUUUGGUAGAAGUGGGGAUUCCUUUUGGGGAUGACCACAAAGGAUGCAAGUUGGUGGUGACAUCCAGAGAUCUUAAUGUGUUAAACUGUGAGAUGAACAUUCAGAAAGCUUUUAGACUUGAUGUUUUGCAUCAGGAGGAUAGUUGGAAAUUGUUUGAGAAAAUGGCAGGUGAUAUUGUUCAUGAAUUUAAUAUAAAGCCAAUUGCGGUAGAAGUGGCCAGAUGUUGUGCCGGGUUACCUCUUUUGAUAGUUACUGUGGCGAAGGCUUUGAGAAAAAAAGAAGCCUCCGCUUGGAAGAAUGCCUUAAACCAAUUGGAGAGAUUUGAUCAACAAGGUUUGCAUAAGAAAGUCUACUCUACCUUGGAAUUGAGUUAUAAUUGUUUAGAAAGGGAUGACCUGAAGUCACUCUUCCUUUUAAUUGGUUCAUUUGGACUGGACCAUAUCCACACUGGAACGUUGUUUCAAUGUUAUUGGAGUUCAGGGUUAUGUGAACAUCUUCACACAUUGACAGAGGCACGGAAUCAAUUUUUCAACUUAAUAAAUGACCUUAGGGCCUCUUCAUUGUUGCUUGAACGUGAAAGAGGUCGAGUAAGAAUGCAUGAUGUUGUACGUGAUGUAGCUAAAUCAAUUGCAUCUAGGUUUCAUCGUACUUAUUCUGUGAAAAGGUACUCCGAAGUCAAACAAUGGCCAAUGAUAGAUCAGCUUCAAAAGUUCCAUCAAAUCAUUUUGCCUUGGUCUUAUAUUAAUGAGCUUCCUGAGAAGUUGGAGUGCCCAGAGUUGAGGCUACUUCUACUUCAUAAUAUAGGCGACAAUUUGAAAGUCUCUGAUGAGUUUUUCUCUGGGAUGAGAGAAGUAAGAGUUCUAGAUUUGUAUGGAAUGAUGUUAACCCCUUCCCCACCUCCAUCUCUCUCUUUCUUGACAAACCUUCAAACAUUGACUCUGGGGGGAUGUGAGUUAGAAGACAUAUCAAUAGUUUUGGAACUGAAAAGUUUAGAGAUUCUCAGCCUUGAAAGAUCUGACAUUAUACAGCUCCCAGAAGAAAUAGGACAACUAACCAAUCUUCGAAUGCUGAAUUUAACCAACUGCUCUAGGUUGAGAUUCAUUCCUGCAAAUCUUAUUUCAAGCUUAACAUGCUUAGAAGAGUUGUACAUGGGAAAUUGCUUUAUCCAAUGGGAUGUCAAGAGAAGCAAAGACCAAAGCAACAAUGCAAGUCUGGAAGAGCUAGGUAAUCUGUCACAUCUAACAACUUUGGACAUCAUGAUUCAAGAUUCUUCAGUUUGGCCAAUGGACUUGCAAGUCUUUGCAAAGCUUGAGAGAUACAAUAUAUUUAUUGGUGAUGUAUGGAAAUGGUCUUUGGAAUGGGCUGGAGGUGCUUCUGAAUCUUCAAGAACACUGAAGCUGGCAGAGAGUAAGAGUACAAGCAUUCAUUCAGAUUAUGGAUUUAACUUAUUGUUGAAUUCAGCGGAGGAUUUGUGCGUAGCUCAAUUACAACGUGCUAGAGGUGUCCUUUACGAGUUGAACAUGGAAGGUUUUCCACAAUUAAAGCAUUUGUGCAUCGAAGACAGUUCUGAACUGGAGUGCAUUGUUAAUUCAAUAGGUUGCUUUUAUCCCUACCCCGCCUUCCCCAACUUAGAGACUUUAGCUCUUCAAAAUCUGUUUAAUCUGGAAGAAAUAUGUCAUGGACCAAUUCCAAUUCAAUCUUUUUCCAAGCUGAAAUUUAUUCAAGUCAAUGGUUGCGAUAAGUUGAAGCAUCUGUUUUCAUAUUCUCUAGUUAGAGAUCUUCCUCAACUUCUUGAAAUAAAAAUUUCGGAUUGCAAAAUGAUUACAGAAAUCAUAGCUGAGCAAACAUCUGAGGAUGAUAUAGAAGUAAACAAGGUUAUGUUCCCCAAGUUGCGUUUACUUGAACUUGAAUGUUUGCCUGGUCUCAGUAGUUUCUGCUCUGUGCCAUUGGCAGUUGAAAAUUAUGAAGAUACACGGUGCAUGGCACUAAUUGAUCAAAAGGUUGGAAUGUCCCAACUGGAGACCUUGAAGCUGUCUAAGAUCAAUUCUUGUAAAUUAUGGGAUGACAUACAAUCGGGUUAUUCUUGUGUUCAAAACUUGACAAGUUUGACAGUUGACAAAUGUGAUAAGAUAACUUACAUAUUCUCAUCCGUAGUGGCUAGAGAACUUGUAACCCUGCAAUAUCUUGAGAUUAGUAACUGCCAAAUGUUGGAGGACAUAAUUUCCUGGGAUGCAAUUUUAGGCAAUCAUUCUUCAUCUCCAGAACCACUCUCUAAUGAGGAUGUUAUAUUCCCAAACUUAGUAACAUUGAUAAUCUCCCAUUUAGAUCACUUGAAGUCAGUAUGGCACAAACAACUUGGUCUGAAUUCCUUCCAUAAAUUGAAGCAUCUGGAAACUAAAUUCUGCGAUAAAUUAUUAAAUAUAUUCCCAUCUCAUGUUUUUGAAAACUUGCAGAAUCUAGAGACAAUAAUCGUAACCAAUUGUCCUGCACUGGAAGUUCUAUUUGAAAUGCAAGAUUUUAAAACAGGAGCUCGUAGCCAGAUGCAAUUGAGGAAUCUUUCUUUGGAGCAUUUACCAAAUCUUAAACACAUAUGGAGUAGAAAUCCUUAUGGAAGCUUAAGGUUUCAAAACCUAGGUCAACUGAAAGUUGUUGAAUGUAAAAGCCUUGAUCAUAUUUUUCCAUUAUAUGUGGCCAAAGAACUUCCAUAUCUCCAAGUGCUUCAUAUAGAAGAGUGCGGUGUAGAGACUAUUGUUGCAAAGGAUGAAAUGGCUGACACAGUUCCAAUACUUGUUUUCCCAAAAUUAACAUCUUUGAGUCUCCGAAGUUUAGCUCAACUUAGAAGCUUCUGCUAUGGAUUACACACCUUGCAUGUGCCUGUCUUAAGAGAUUUGGAUGUGUAUCAUUGUGAUCAGCUAGAAUUAUUCGUGCAGAAAUUUCUAAACUAUCAGGGUAAUACCCCGGUUGAUCCAGAAGCCCUACUGUCAUUUGAAAAGGUUGUCCCAAACCUAAGGGAGCUUAUUCUGAACGGAAGGGAUGUUACUAUGUUAUGGAACAGUCAAUUUAAUCACAGGCCGAUUUAUACAGUAAAAGAUCUUCGCUUGCGUUGUUUUCACAAUGAGUCUGAAAUAUUUCCAUACAGCUUCCUCCAAAGAUUUAUCAAUCUUGAAAAACUUAUGGUGACUUGCAGUUCCUUCACAGAAAUUUUCUCAAGUGGAAGCUUUGACACUGGACAUUCGGAAACAACAAUGAAGUUGAAAAAGCUAGUACUUGUUGAAUUACAUAACCUUGAGUUUAUAUGUGGAGACAAUUCUGAUAUGCAGUUUGCUGUUCAAAAUCUUGAAGUAUUUGAAGUAUUCAAAUGUUCCAUACUAAGGAAUAUAGUUCCAUCCUCGGUGCGAUUUGAGAAGUUAGAGAGAGUGAGAGUGGCCUUUUGUGUUGGAGUGGAAAAUAUUAUGUUAUCAUCAAUUGCUACUAAUUUACCUAAACUUCGGAAAUUAGUUAUAGACAAUUGUGAAAUGAUAGAAGUAAUAGUUGCAAGUAAUAAAGAAAAUGAUGCUGGUGAGCUAGCUUUCUUGAAAUUGGAGUUUUUGCGAUUGUAUAACUUACCACACUUAAGAAGUUUUUACAAGGGAAAUUACAACCUCAAAUUUCCAUUGCUGCAGAAGUUAGUCGUGGGAAAAUGUGACAUGAUAGAAACUUUCUCAAAUGGAGUGUUGAGCGCACCAAAACUCAGAGCAGUACAUGUGACUCCUAGUUUAAAAGGUCCAUGGAGUUGGAAUGGUGAUCUUAAUACUACAAUAGAAAAACUUUUUGCUGAAAAGCUAUAUGAGAAGGAAAAGUGCAUUACUGCACUUUGACAAACUUUGGAUGUAAAAAGGGCAAGAUUUGAAGUUGCAAGGGUCUACACAAGUCCUGCAUGGCCAAAGGAUAAACUCUUGGCAGAAACCAGACAUGCACAUCAGCAAGCCUGCGCUUAUGUGCACGGCCUUACAGUACUCAACCAACACACUAGCAGCAGCACCUGAAUUGCUUUUGAAUUACCGUGUUAGAAGACGAACACGACCACACAGAUCAUUUGUCAUGGUCGGACCUAUGUUCACUGGACGCAAUUUAAGUCAAGCACAAUUAAUGGAUCUAUAUGAUUAACUUGUAAGGUUGCAAUUAUUUUUCAUUAUCUUGCACUGGAGUCAUUUUUAAUAGAAACACUAUUAAUAGCCAAUCGGCAUAAUUAAUUGUUUCUUACUCCAAAUGAGAUGUAAUCUUUUUCAGUGUAU